UGAGGCCCGGUGUGCGCGUCAGGCUGGAGGGCAUCCAGUCCAAGCCAGAGCUGAACGGCUUGGAGGGCACGCUGGUUGCCUUCCACGAGGAGAAGGGCCGCUGGCAGGUCCAGCUCGAUGGCGAGACCGAGUGCAAGCUCUUCAAGGGUGCAAGCCUCGCCUGGAUUGCCAGCGCUCCCUCCGAGGUGGUCCUGGCUUCGAGCGCCGCAGCCAGCUCGGCGGAGGUCGUCACCCACGUGGGCCCCAUCUUCGCCGCCAUCUACGAGGACUCCCAGCAGUGGCUGCUGGGCGGCGAGGCCCGCUCGGGCCUCGGCUCCAGCGAGGCGGCCACGCGGCCGCUGCGGAGGUUCCUGGAGGCGUUCCUGCGGGGCAAGGGCGUGUCCUCCGUCGUGGACGCGGGGUGCGGCCACUGGCCGUCCGGGUAUCAGCGCUUCGUGGACUGGAGCGGCGCGUCCUACGUCGGCGCGGACGUGGUCCCCUUCGUGCUCGACGAGAACAGGGCCUACCUGGAGAGGCCCAGCCGCCUCGCGGCCUGCGGCCUCAGAUCCGCCAGGUUCGUGGCCGCGGACGCCUGCUCUCGGGAGCUGCCGCCAGCAGACCUGCUGUUCGUGAAGGACGUGCUGAUGCACCUGCCGAACCUCGCCGUCGCCACCUUCCUGCGCAGCCACGUCGCCACCGCAGAGCCGAGGUACCGCUUCGUGAUGCUGGUGCAGAACAGGUCGCCCCUCCAGGGUGUCCGCGAGAUGGUCGACAUCGAGUUCGGGCAGCUGCUGCCGUUUGACGUGCGGGAUCCCCCUUUCGAGGCGCCCUUCCGCGAGGUCUUCUCCUGGACCAGCGACGAGGAGAAGGGCGUCUACCUCUGGGAGGCGCCGUCGGCUCCGACCUGAGUUCUGGCCUGCGCCGGGCGCGGCCCGCAGGGUCUCUCUCCCCUGCUCGAUGCGGCGUUGCCUGCGCACCGGUCCUCGCCCGCCACA